GCAACCUCGACAACGAUGCGAAACUGUUUACAGUUGCACAGAGUCUACAGUGUUGUGGCUUCUGCAUGGAUGUGUUUUAUCUAACGAAUCUAUUGGAAAAGUUAUUGUUGAGGUCCGAGUAUAACUGAAAAUUCCUUAUCGGGGUGUCAGUGCAACUCGAUGAACAGAUAAUUCCGACUAAAUGGAUACGGGAAAGUGCUGAACAUGACUCCAUUGGCGCCGCUGUUCUUCCGAUACGAACGUUACUGAGUAACGUUAGUUCGAGGUUGCCAGACUUCAUUCGUCCAGACUAUUUUUUUUUUAGACAAAGCCAACUGCGGCUACAAGACACGGAAUAUAGUAUUUAUUUUCUUGUGAAAAUAGUAUGAAUUUCAUCAUGAGAGUUCGCUUUAAAUUGUAAAUGUUCAUAUUAUCUAGCUAGCUAACUCUGCGUUUUAACACUUUAGCCAAGAAGCUAGCUAGCGGUAGCAUUUUUUUGUCUGUCAUUUACAGUACAUGGCAUAACGUUACUUGUUUUCUCUGAAAUAGCUAGUUAGCUAUAAAAAUGACAACACUAGCAACAGGUAUAUUGCAGAAAUGACAAGUUAACAAAUAUACCCAGCAAUUUAGUUAGGCAAUGUUUCUGUUGUCAGAUAAUUAGUUAACGUUAGCCUAGCAACUUUGGCUUGUUAACGCGUAACGUUCGUUUUGUAAGCAGCUCGCUGGACUCUCAACAAGCGGACCGAAUUAUGCGGGCUUUACAUGGAAACUGAUUAACAAGCUACAGUAGUGGAUCCAACAAGGAGAAGAGGUGUUCUUUAAAGCUUGCGGUUCACUCCAUUAUUUCAAGUUGGAGAAUAUUUGGAUGCGGCUGGGCUGGGAGACAUAGCCUACGUGUGGUAACCCCUGAAUCUGUCUUUGGUGCACUUGUAAAACAUAUUUUAACGUUAUAGUUUAUGCACCACAAUGUCGGCUAUCUCUGCGACUGAGAAAGUGGACGGGUUCACACGAAAAUCAAUGAGGAAAGCCCAGAAACAGAAGAAAUCUCAAGGGUCGUCCCAGUUCCGAACUCAAACUCUUACCGAGCUUUCACCCUUGCCGCAGCUCAAAGAUGCGCCCUCCACGGAGCAGCAGGAGCUGUUCACCCAGAAGCUCCAGCAGUGCUGCAUGUUGUUUGACUUCAUGGACUCGGUCACCGACCUGAAGAGCAAGGAGAUUAAGCGGGCCACGCUCAACGAGCUGGUGGACUAUGUCUCCACCAACAGGGGUGUCCUGGUAGAGACGGCCUAUCCAGAGAUCUCUAAUAUGUUGCUGGAAAAGGGCAAUGUGUAG